CUCCGCAUUGAUUACUGCGAAUGCGAAAGCGAAUGCGAAUAUUCGCAACAACCCUGAUACAUAGUUAUUCAUCAAAACGAAAGCAAUCAUUCGGUGAAGGCCAAACACUGCAAUUUCUCUUUUUGCUUUAAUUAAAAUUGCAAAAAUUAAAUGUUUGAAUAAAAUUCCAUUUUGUAGUGAUAAGAUUGCUUGAAAAUACACACAAAUUUGUACAUAUGCCAUUUAUUCCAUGGAAUAUAUACAUACAUCCCUACAGUUAACCGAAAAGAAGUCUACAAUUAAAAGACAGCUUCUGACUAUUGCACUAUAAGCAUACAAAUCUAUGUACGUAUGUAUGUAUACCAUAUUUGAUACAAAAGAAAGAACUUAAUACAUAUUGCAAAAUAGGUCUUUAUUUAGUUUUAAUUAACUUACUACCUGCUCGCGAUAACUCUUACAUUGAUUAAACCGAGAAUUGCUUAUAUUAUGUUGCCGCCGUGAAAAGAAACCGAUCAGUCUUUAAAGAUUUCCGGGGCACUUUGCAUCUCAAUAUACAAUAAAAAUGCGAAACGUGUUUUAUGGAAUUCUUGUAUGGCUGCUGUAUGCGAACUGCAAGGCCGUAAAAGAUCCUUGCGAAGGUCUAGAGGAUGGCACACGCUUAUCUCAUGCCAUUCAGUGUGAUCGGUUUGUAAUUUGUAAGGGCCAAAGGAUGUUCUCGGUUGGGAAAUGUCCCCGUGGAUUGCACUUCAAUCGACGUCUUGGAGUUUGUGAUUUCAAGCAACGCGCUCGAUGUGAUGUAGCCUUGGUGUUACCAAGCCUCGGGAUAGAGUCAAGAGUAAGUGAAUGUUGCGGUGACUGCUGCGGCUGUUGCAAUAAAAUACCGAGUCCUGAUGUGUCCUCAGUCCCAGAUGCUGCAUCCUUACCUGCUGCGCUUUCAACGCCCGAUGCUCCUGCAUUACCAUAUCAACCAUUAACUGGCCCAUCAGGCACAAAUUGCAGCCAUAAAGGCGUAUGCAAAGGUCAACCAGAUGGCGCCAUGUUUCCUGAUCCUGGCUCAAACGGCUAUAUAGUUUGUCAAUGUGAAUGUGAAAUUGCAAUGCCUUGCCCUUCUGGCUUAAUUUUUAAUUCUGUGUUGAAAGUUUGCGAUUGGCCGGAAAGCACUUCAGGAACUUUGAGUACACCAACUACUACAACACCAACUUCCGUUCCAUCUUCGACAGCAACCAUUGCAUCUACCACUGACACUUCAUCAACGCCUACGGACUCGUCUACCCCAGACGCAUCUUCAAACUCAACUUCGGACACAUCUCCAAUACCGAUUGUCACAUCUACUACUUCCGAGACAUCCUCAACAUCAAGUGCUACAUUUCCUUCCGACACUUCCACAACACCAACAGCAUCUUCGACACCAGAUAUUCCUCCAGCCUCAACUACAAGUGCUACAUUUCCUUCGGACACUUCCACAAAACCAACAGAAUCUUCCACACCAGACACUUCUCCUACUCCAACAGUCACAAGUUUUACGACAUCUUCGGACAUUUCUUCGACAGCAAUGAACACUUCGACACAAGAUACAUCUACUAGCACAAGUGGCACCAAUCCUUCAGAUACAUCUUCAUCAUCAAGUGUCACAACAACAUCUUCCGUCCCUUCUUCGACUUCUAACACAUCGACAACACUUCCUGAUAUAAGCACGUCAGCCAAGCCUUCAACACCAAGUGGCCCUGCUACGGGUCCAUCAGGUACAACUUGUAAUAACAAAGGUGUAUGUGAUAAUCAACCAGAUGGUGCCAUGUUCUCAGAUCCCGAUUCAAAUGGCUAUAUAGUUUGCCAAUGUGAAUGUGAAAUUCCAAUGCCCUGCCCUUCUGGCUUAAUAUUUAACUCAGUGCUGAAAGUUUGCGAUUGGCCAAGCUCUGGCGAUCAAAAACCCAUCAUACCGUCAACCGGCCCAUCGGGAACCGUAUGUAACAAUAAGGGCAAGUGUGAUGGUCAGAAAGAUGGCACUUUGUUUUCAGAUCCUAAAUCAAGUGGCUAUAUAGUAUGUCAAUGCGAAUGUGAGAUUUCUAUGCCUUGCCCGGGUGGUUUAGUAUUUAAUCCGAAUGUGAACGUAUGUGACUGGCCCAUGGCCUUCGUUUAGAUCGACAGAUGUUAAAAUAUCAUAUUAGACAAAUGGGUUGCAUACAUACUUACAUACAUAUAUAUUUACAAAUAUUCGAGUGUGUAAAUUCAUAAAUAAAAGUUAUCUGCUAAACCCAUGUCUAUUUUCAGUGGUUUUACAUUUUACAUGCACUGAGUGAAGAUACUAACGGGUGAUCCAUCUAAACCUUUUUU